AGUUGGUUGUCUUUGUCUUCAUGCACUCAUUAGACUGUGUCUAACAUACAUAUCCGGUCUCGAGUUGUCGUUAUGUUGACUGUAUUAGCUCAGAUAACUUAAAAUUAACGAGGUAAAUGUUAUCGCUUUUUUGCAGACGUUGUUGUUUAGAUAUAUCAAACGAUCAUCAUUACAUUUUUACGAAGUUGAAGUUGUCAGUUGCAGUCUAUGCAAUUGUUUGACUCGACGUUGUCGAUCUAUUUGUCGUAACAUUUAACAACUUCCUCGUUUUACAUACUUAUGUUCAAAAGUUGACAACAAUCUCUUGCUCAAGCGAUCCAGUGUCGUUUUAUUUAUUGGAUUUGAUUAUCAGAUCAUAUGAAACGCUAUUAAAAACAUACAGUAGGUGUAGUGUAGAUCGAGUGAAGUGUUACUGGCGUAGCUAUGAUUUAACCCCAUGUAUAUAACGUUGGCCAUUCAGGUCAACGAUAUUUCUUUACAGCAAUGAACUUGUUUUAUACAUUUACUAUCUUUGUUCUCUUGCGUGAAUCGUCCAGCAAACAGAAUUCGAAUCGUGGACAAGCAAAGUUUCCAAGGCCCUUCGUCAGCAAUUUUAGUGACAUCCGAAUUGGUGGACUGUUUCCAAUCCACAUACGUGAAUCUAAUGACUCGCUGUGUGAUCUACGUGUUCCUAAAUACUCCUAUAUUCUUGACCACAACCGUAUUCCGAGGUGUUACCGAUUGAACAACAAUGGAGUUAUAUGGAGCGAGACGUUACGCUUUUCUGUCGAGGCCAUAAGACCUGGGUUUUUUAAUGCUACUAAUUUGACAUUGGGCUACGAUAUUCGGGACUCACUUAAUAACGUCGACGUCGCCCUUGAAGCUGCUUUGGAUUAUACUUUGCUUCGAUCUCGAACGCCAGACAGAAAUAGCUCUCAAAAGUGCUCUUGCAACGACAAUACCACGGAACCGUACAUAGUCACUUUGAUUGGUGGAGCACGCUCUGAGAUAUCGCAACGUGUUAAUGCGAUUGCUGGCGUAUCAUCACUUCCACAAAUUAGCUACUCUAGUACUAGUGUCUCUUUGAGCAACAAGGAAGCAUACAGGACUUUCAUGCGUACCAUACCUCCAGAUAAUUAUCAAGCCCGUGCUAUGGUUGACAUCGUGAAACAUUUCAACUGGUCAUAUGUUGCAACAGUAGCGACAGAUGAAGAUUAUGGUCGUGGUGGAGUGGAGGUCUUUAACCAAUUAGCACGACGUUAUAACAUAUGUAUCUCGUUAGAACGGCUCUUUCAUUUCAACAUUAGCUCAGAAGAUACAAAACAAGAAAUUCGGAGUAUUGUCAGAGAUUUGAAAAAAAAUGAAAGAACCAACGUGAUUGUGUUGUUUUGCGAGCGUCCACGAGCUGUCGCUGUGCUUAAAGAAGCUCAAAAACAAGGUUUAACUGGGAAAACGUGGAUUGCCACCGAGGCUUGGGGAUUCAGUGAUAGCGUUUAUGAUUUUGAUUUAUCGACAGUGGGUGGUAUCGUGGGUGUCGUCACACAUACUCCCACUGUACCCUUAUUUGAACAACAUUUGAGAAAGUUCAACUUAACCAUGGAAAACCCUUGGAUCUUAGAGUAUGUACGCGAACAUGAUUUUAACGUAACUGCUUUGAAUCUAACGAGAAGCAAAACCUCUUAUAUUAUGGAUGCUGCUUAUACUGUUGCAUUGGGAUUAUUUGAGUACAUGAAUUGUACUGAAACAAAACCAUAUACUUACGAGAAUUGCAAUAGUAGUUAUAUAAAGAAUAUUGACUUGGAAAGGUUAAGAAUGUAUAUGUUACAAGUGAAUAGAACUGGAUCCAGUAGUCGGUUGCUGAGUUACAAUGAAGAUGGAAAUCCAGAAGUGAUCUAUUACAACAUCAGCAACCUUCAACCUUCAAACAAAAAUAAAAAAGGGAAAAGUUUUGUGUUCGUUGGAAGUUGGUCCAAUGGUUUACUGAAAAUUCGGAGUCCCAUUUACUGGAACGGUGGUCGAAACACCACCCCUGUCUCGGUGUGUUCGUUUCCAUGCCCCCCGGGGAUGUAUCAAGUGAAUAGUGAUGUUGCUUGUUGCUGGGAUUGUAUACUUUGUCCACCCGGACAAUUUAAGGUCGGUAUCGGACCCAACCAAUGCGAGGAAUGUCCUAACGGUUUUACAUCUGAUUCUAAUCGUACGCGAUGCUUGCGCAUACCAGAAGAGUUUAUCCGUUGGGAUUCGGCAACUGCUGCCGUAUUGACAUCGUUUUCUGUGUUCGGAGUAAUUGUGACGUCAUUCAUGUUUGGUGUUUACUAUAAACAUCGUAAAACCCCUAUCGUCAAAGCUGCAUCACGAUAUCCCUCUUUGCUCCUUCUCAUAACUAUAACUGUGAUGUUUGCUCUACCAUUGCUUUAUAUUGGACGUCCAAAUACGUCUAUUUGUCAUGUUCAGCCUAUAGCAUUUGGCUUACUCAUGACUUUGGCAUCUUCACUGGUGCUAACCAAAACAUUUCGACUCAUUCAGAUCUUUAAUAACGUUGUAACCAACAUCAAAGAUAAAUCCCUGGUUACAAUGAAGACUCAGUUUCUUAUGGUUUUCGUUUUGCUCGUUAUUGAAGCUAUUCUGAUAGCAGUAAUGGUGGAUGUGCAUCCUAUUAAAUUGCAAUCCUUCGUAAGAGAGACCGCUGUACCUAUCGGUUGCAAUGAUUCUGCACGUGAUCUGCAUACCGCUGUACUUUUGUAUAACUGGCUUUUAUCUAUGGUGUGUGCAAUAAUGGCAUUUCGUGCUCGUUCCCUUCCAGCCAACUUUAGCGAAGCACGUUUGAUUACUUAUGCUAUGUUUUCAUUUUCAGUAAUAUGGCUUUCCUUUAUUAUCGUCUUCACAGGAAGUAUUCUUGAUCGUUUUGCCAUUUAUAUUUGUGUCGCUAUUUUAGCGACUGCCGUGGAUCUUCUUGCAUGUAUGUUUGCACCCAAGAUAUAUGUGAUUCUCUUUAAGCCUGAACUCAAUCAAAUGGAAGUUGUUCGUGCUGAUAUAUACCGCUAUACAAUGAAACAGCGGGCGCGAUCACUUUCUCCCAAUCCCGAAUCCAGUGAAACUCAACACGUGAGAAAUACGUUAGAUGGUACUUUACCUCGUAGAAAAUCUGCACACAGCAUACAAGACGCUAAGUUGUGAAACUAGCCAAGUGAUGAAGUUUAAGUUUUAAAAGCUCUAAGUUUUUCAGGAAAAAUCAUCGGACGUCGACCCAGCAGUUUAAUCAAAAAAGAGCAACUCAGUGUAUGAAUGUUUUAGAAUUUGCUCCCUAGUUGUGAAAGACAUUUAUGAUGAUGAAAAUAUUAACAUGUUGUAAAAAUAUUGAUUGUAAAUAUCCUUGAUUAUGAUGGAUAAUAAAGUAAAAUUUACAGCUCCAAUCGUUUAUUAUGCAAACUUUAAAUUAUCCUUUUAAAUGGUCAAAGAAAUAUAGUUAGUCAAUACACAAUGAUGUAAAUAACUUACAAAACAAUGCAUUAAAAAUAAAUUUCACGUUUAUUUCAAUUUA